GCUUCCUGAUCCUGAACUCACUGAAAACACCGAAUAUACUCAUGCUAUGGUUGUUUCGAAAUCGUUCGAACCUGAAAACAGUUGGAUAUCGCUUUCAACACCACGUGACAGCGGCAAUGCACAUUGCACUGAAUGCACUUUUCCUGGCUGCGGUUGACGCCGUAAAACCGAAAGCUCUUUUUGAGAACUAUCUUAAAAAUUCUGAGGUCUCUAAGCAGCUACAAAUUCCAAAUAAACGUUACCAUUUGGUUGGUUUCGGAAAGGCAGUUCUUGGAAUGGCAGUUCAGAUGGAGCACGUUCUUGGUGAUAGGUUGCAGAGUGGUUGCAUUAGUAUUCCUGUUGGGACGCUCGAACGGUUUAAACGCGAUAAAGACUUCCAGUUGAGCAGUACAAUGAAAAUAAAAGUGUUUGAAGGAGCCAGAAAUAAUCUGCCAGACCAGGAUGCGGUUGAAGCUGCGAGAAUGGUAAAAUCGCUUGCGGAGAGCAUGACACUGGAUGAUGUUCUAUGUGUGAUUAUUUCCGGUGGAGGUUCAGCAUUGCUUUCGCUACCAAUGGCUCCUGUUACACUACCGGAGAAGUUAUUUGUGAUCAAACAACUUGCAGCGGCGGGUGCUUCUAUUGACGAAUUGAACACUGUAAGGAUUCAGCUAUCCGAUGUGAAAGGUGGUAAACUUGCACUAGCAGCGAAGAAUUCAUACAACUUGAUAAGCUUUAUAGUAUCGGAUAUUAUCGGAGAUCCUAUUUCUUUGAUUGCAAGUGGUCCGACAGUAAGAAUUUCUUCCACAAAUUACGCUGCUUUAAAGAUUUUAGAAAAAUAUAAUUUAAUCGGUAUGGUACCAAAAUCCAUAGAACAAGUUCUCAGCAGUCCUGAAGCUAUUCAAACACAAGACGAAUUCGGAGAAGCUCAUUUGAUUGGAUCUAACAAAGUUGCUGUAGAUUGCAUUUUUCAAAGAGCCGCAGAAUUCGGAUUGACCGCAAUGGUGAUAUCAACCCGUGUUCAAGGAAAUGUGGAGGAACUUUGCAAAGCUUACAUCACUCUAACAACGGCCAUAAUUCAGUUUCGGAACCAGCAGAUUGAUAAACAAAAUUUUAUCACUCAAAUCACCCAACUGGACAAAAUACUCUACUUUGAGCAAUCGAAAAUCAGUAAGCUAGUAGAGCUAACAUCUAACUCGACCGGAAAGGAUAUUUUAUUGGUCGCGGGAGGAGAGCCCACGGUUGUACUGCAGGGAACUGGAAUCGGUGGGCGAAAUCAGGAACUGGCCUUACGCUUCGGCUAUGAAUGUUUUCAGCGAGGAGAGAUACUACAGAAUGUUGUUCUACUUUCAGCCGGAACUGACGGAAUCGAUGGACCGACUGAUGCGGCCGGUGCAUUCGGUGGAGCUAACGUGAUAGAACAGUACAUCCAGCAGGAAUGUAUAGAACCAGUUGAAGAUUUUAUUAAGAAUAAUGAUUCGUGUAGUUUCUAUCGGAUAGUUAGGGGUGGGAAGUAUCAAAUUAUUACUGGCCAUACAGGAACUAACGUAAUGGACAUUCAUAUGUUGUACAUUCCAAAAAUAUAAGCUAGGGGAAAAUAAACUAGUCAGAUUUCUUGGGAUCGGGCCCUCCGCAACAUUUUAUUUCUGGACAAAUCGAUUGUUUUGGUCGAAAAUCCAGAACUUAACUUUGUGCUAGACUUUCAGUGUCUUUGGAACAAAUUCUCUACAAUAAGUGCCCUUCAUUUCGAGGAAAACAAAUUUAGGGUGGUCCUCUCGAUUUUUUAAAUUAAAAAAUCUGAAUGGAAAAAGA